AUGGCCGUGAACAUUGACGAAGAUACAGAAUUCAAUGAUGCACUACGAAAGCAUGGGAUCAUUCCAGCUCGAGAGCCUACACCUCCCUCACCGUCACCCCCUCCAUCGCCAACUUUCAGUGACCUCCUCAACGAUUUCACUCCUUCAGAACUGCGGGAGAUUAGCGAAGAUGCACCAGAUGACGAGACGGAACGAAUGAUUGCUGCGUAUCGAAGGCAAAGGAUAGCUGAUGAAAAGACCCUAGAUAAAAGGUCUCGGUUCGGACGAGUGUAUCCUAUUGGCCGAGAUGAUUAUACACGGGAAGUCACUGAGGCAAGCAAAAUCGAUGAAGAAGGCGACGAAAAAGAGGAAGGUACCGCUGUCAUAUGCUUUUUAUAUAAAGAUGGUAUUCCGCGAAGUGAUCGCGCUUUUCAACAUGUGAAGACCCUUGCUGCUCGCUAUCCCCGUUCCAAAUUUGUUUCCAUAGUGGGCGACAAGUGUAUCCCGAAUUUACCAGACAGCAGGAUACCCAUGUUUAUCGUCUACAAAAAAGGUGAUAUUCGAAAUCAGGUUGCGGCCUGGGGUGCUGAUCGCGAAAGAAGAAUUGAAGAGUUAGAAGCACUGUUGAUUGUAACUGGUGCUCUCCAUCCUCCCGAACGGCGUGCACCAGAAGAUAGGAAAAAAGAAAGCAGUUCGGAUGAGGAAGACUUGGACUCUUCUUCGCACGUACGCUCUACGGCAACGUUGACGAAUGGGAGAAAAAAUAAGAAUGUCAGAGGCAAAGACAAUGAUUCGGAUUCGGAAUUUGACUUUGAUCUAUGA